CUUUGAAACCGACAAGACCGAAGCUGGGUACCGAAACCGGCCCGGGGUCCUCUGGAAUGGCCGCGGAUUUGACGCAGGACGCGGUGCUUCACUUCCUCCAGAGCAAAGGAGGUUCGGUGAAAAAUGCCGACCUGCUGCUGCACUUCCGCGGAUUCUUGCGGGACCACGCAGACAAGGAGCGGAACCGAGACCUCUUCAAAAAGUUCGUCAACUCCGUGGCCACUGUCAAGCAAGAGGAGGGGGUCUCUUAUGUGGUUCUGAGGAAGAAGUUUCGGGAGCAUGUGUCCUCGGAGGGUGGAGGUGUGGUGGACCCGGGGAAGCGUCGGACUAAACCGCAGCAGCGGGUGGAGGUACCGCCCGCUCCGUCGGCUCAACCUGCCAACAAAACUGUUCUCCCGGUGGCGGGAAUCAUGCUGACCAACAACAACAAUGUGGAGACUAACUUCAACCUGCAACACAGAACCAGGAGUCCACCAGCACCUGCAGGUCUGACCCCCGCUGCCACUCGCCCUCAGACCUCAGACCUCCUCACUCCACCCGGCCAGAAGAAAGUUGGCUUCGGACCUGGUGUCGCACCUGCAUCACAGACCAAAGAGCGAGUCACUGAGCCUGAGGUCAGUCUCCGUCAGGACCCUGGUCACCUCAAAGUUUCUCCGCGCAGAGUGAGACACAGACAGAGCUACAAAACUGCAGUCUCUCAAGAUGAUGAGGAGGAGGAGGAGGAGGAGGAAGAAGAGGUGGUCCUGGGGGCCUCUGUGGAUCCGGUCACUUCCUUACCUGGACUCAUCACUGUGGCUCAUUCUCUCCCCGCUGAGAGACUGCCUCCCAAAAUUUACAUCCAAGAUGUGGCAGCCGAACCUCCCAGGGCUGGUGGACCUGACCAGACUGGGUCAGCACAAGUGACCCCCAGACCAAGCCUCCCCUCUUAUGCAGCAGCAGUGAGACCGGCUGACGGGGCUGCAGCGUUACUGCCCCACUCACAGUUUGCUGCUGGACACCUGCAGCCCAUGAGGGGCGGGAGCCCAGAUCAGAGGUCCGGACUGCCAUCCACCUCCAGCAGCCUCUUCUCACCAUCUCCGAAAUCGUUGUCGCCGACCAGUGCAAUGUCAGCCUCCCCUAAAGGUCCGAGUCGGAACCGCAGCCUUGAUGACCUUCAGGCCGCAGCAGGUGGAACUCACCACAGUCAGGGGCUCCUGGUCCAUGAAGUCCUCCAACGGGCUCAAAGUCCUGACCGCCGGCCUGCAGCCGUCCCAGCUGAGCUUGAAGCCAGCGCACCGUGGCAUCGCUCUGCAGACCGUCUCCAUGACAAACAGGAGUUCAAGCCCAGCGUGUCGCCCCUGCACCAUUCCACUGAGUACCUCCACAAGGACCCGCACUCCUUGGCUGCUGGCUUGGGCUGGCACCGCUCCACAGGCGACCUCUAUGAUGACGGUGAGUCCAGCGAGGGCUCCACCUCCUCGCCGCCAAUGCGACCCGUUGCCGCCAAGCGUCUCAGCAGCAGACUGCGUAACCGAAUGUGCCGCAGCCUCGGCGCGAAUCUGGACCAACUCCUGCCGGAGGAGGAGGCCGCGGCAGCAGGAAGUGAAGCGGCUCGACUGAACCGCUUGCACAUGAUCUCCUCGUCGCUGAGCCUGCGAUACAACCUGUCGUCCUCAUCGCUGUCGUCCUGCUCCACGCCGCCUCGCAGCCAAAGUUUCGCUGACUUGGAUGAAGCGCUGGACGUGAAAGGAGGCAGGAGGAGUCUCCCGGCCGCCUCCUCCACCAAACAGUCCCUGGUUCCUCUGGAGGCCAGAGAGCACGCCUGGCUGGUGAAGGGGGCAGCAGGAGCCUGGCCAGACAUCUACUCCUUGUUCAGAGAGGAUUCGUCGCUCCUCAACAGACGGGACUUCAUCUCGGGCUUCACCGUGCUGCACUGGAUCGCCAAGCAUGGCGACCACAGAGUCCUCAACACGCUCUGGUACGGUGUUGAAAAGGCAGGUCUGACUCUGGACGUCAACGCCAGGUCGACGUGCGGCCACACGCCUCUCCACAUCGCCGCCAUCCACAACAACAAAAACAUGCUUCGGCUGCUCGUGAAGAAGUUUGACGCCGAUGUGAAGCUGCGGGACACGGCGGGGAAGCGAGCCUGGCAGUACCUCAACAAGGCGUCCCCAGCGGAUGUCUGUCAGCUGUUGGGAGCGCCAGCGCGCUUUGGCAAAGACGCUGAAGGGGCGGCCAGAGCUGUGCCGGGAAUCGAACCACGCCAGCAGAGGCCCCGUCGCCGCCGACGCCACUACUUGUCCACCGCCUCGGGAGAGAGACCGCUGACCAUUGGAGGUACGACUAAGGUCAAACGAUCGUCCUCAAUAGCAGCGUUUCUGAAGCACAGGUCGCUGGGUCUUCGUCUAGAGCACAAGUCCGACUCCUCUUAUUGACAUCGACUCCUCUUAUUGACAUCGUCUCACUGUCAUGAACUGUUCCCAGAGUAUCACCUGAAGCAGUGUUCCCUGCGCGUGCAGACCCAAGUCUGCUGUGCAAACACAAACCACUUCCUGGUGUGUUUCACUUGUUUCUUCUGUUUCCACACUAAAUCUUGCCUCCCUCGUUUCUGCCAUAAUUAUGAUGGAAUGUCGUCAUUUUUUUUUUGGUAAAAAUGAAAGGUAAUAAACACAGCACAGGGUGCCAAGUUACUUACACACAAGGUUGCUGUCUGACCCUACGAUGGUUCUCAACUGCCUUGUUUGUUCUAACCAUAACAAAUGGUGAACUUCUCAGUAAAUAGAAAUGUAUUUAACUGCCUCGCUCACGUGAGAAAGAGUGUGAUCUGGGAAACCAGUUGUUAUACCUGAUAGUAAAUAACAAUGUAACAAUCUUCUCUUGUGCAACUGAGCAUGUCGGCGGAAAGAAAAAAGGUGUCAGACUGGAGCAUUUCGUCAUCCAACCAGGAGCAGGUGACAACAGCCUGCUGAUGAUGGAACUGGAUGGACAAGAUUGUCUCACGGUUUAACAUGUCAUUGGCGUCGCUGUGAUUGUGGAUACAUGCCGUUCUAAGUCGAUGUUUAUCUAAUAGAGUGAAAGUGGAAAUCAGUUUCAGUUGUGCUAAAGGCUUACGAAUGCACAGACUGUCAUUUACACUCAAAGACACUCGGAGGCACAAAGGCCUGGGCUCUUGAGUUUCACUGUAUGUGGUGCGAGACAAAGAGCAGCGGAUCUGAGGCGUGUGACUGUUCAAAAGGGGUUAUAUUCCGGCCUGACUGUCGAGCGAUACUGUGGGGAAAAAGUCUUGUUUGAUGGAUUGAAAACGACAACAAAAAAAACAUAUAGAUAAAAAGGAGAGAUUGUAUUUUAAUAGUUUCAUUGUGCCAAAGAAACACUGCAAUGAAGCUUGAGGCUUGUGAGCAAGAUAUGUAUUAAAAUGUUUGAAACAAUGCAUGGAAACAACUUGAGACUCAACUCAAGCUGACGGUUCGCUGAGGUGUACAAAGUUUCCCCUCCCCGUUUUAUUUUUGUUUUAACAUUUCAAGACUCACUUCUUCAAACUCUGCGCUUUUUUUUAACGCAAAGUUUUCUGCCUCUGUGCCAAAACUGUCCAUCAUUUAGAUUAGACGUCCUUUAUUUGUCCCACUGUGAGGAAGUGGCAGCAACCAUUGACAACCAAUACCCAAAAGACCUUCUGGAAGAAUCACCGUACGUAAAAACACAAAGCGAGAAAAAACAUUGUGUAAGAUCAAAUGACACAAUAUAAUAAAUACCUACAUUAUAUAAACAAAGAUUGUGAUAAUAAAUAACUAUCUGAGAAAAUUGUACAAUGAGUCAUCAAAGCGUAUGACAGCACUGGGCGGCAGAAUGGCUCCUUCCUGCCCAGUCAUUUUCAAAUGGCCUCAUGACUCUUGAAGUUAAAGUGUUUGAGAUAAGUUUCUUUGAUGCUGCAGACAUAUUUCUGGAAAAAAAAAAGUAUUAUAAGGAGAUGAUUUACGUUUGUAUAUUUUGGGGUUAAAGAUGUUCACACACUGGAAGAAGUUUAUUAUUGGAAUAUUAAACGU